UUUGGCGGGAACGCAAGGAGUGAAGUUGUGUGAUUUGUUUUAUUUUGUCUAUUUAGUGUUUCUUCGGGUUUAAAUGUGUAAUAAUGGUGGUUUAUUAACCGUUUAAUAUCUGUGAAAGUGCACAAACGUGGGAAAAAGAAACAAAGCCGCUGGACGUAACUUCUCGGGAUCCUCCAAAAAGUCCACUGAAAAAUCUUAGUAAAUUACCACCAUUUUACUGAGAUUAGAUUUCAUCUCAUAUCAUCUCAUUUAAUUUCAUCCUAGUUGAUUAAUGUCUCAAAUUAAUCAUUUUCAUUUCAUUUCACUCCAUAAUAUAAUUUUUCAUAAAAUUAAGAAUAUAGAUUAAAAUAAGACAUGACUUAAAGGUCUCAGUUACCAGGUCAUAAAAUCUCUUAAAAAAAAAAUCUGUGGAUACUUAAUACACAAAUUAACGAUAUUUUAAAUAAUUUAUAUUAAAAAUAAUGAAAUACAUAUUGUUGAUGUUAAAGUUAAGUAUAAUUGUACGUAAAUAGCUGGGCUUAGUAAAGAUAGCAAAAACCUAUGUUGAUAUUUACUAAUAGUUAGCAUUGAUCGAGCAUUGACCUUUGUACGAAUACUACGUACGUGUGACAAGUCAUUCAUUGUAAAUAAAUAAUCAGGUAUAUAAAAAAUGUCUUUAAACAAACUUGUUGGUGGUGAUUGUGGUGGAAACAAUGCACUUGUACAAUUUUCCAACAUAGUGCGUCGAGAUACAGGCAGUUUGCAGCACCGAUCGGAGUCCGAUAGAUAUGUUCAAGAGUUUUUAUCGCAAAAUCAAAAUAUACCUCAGUCUUUUAACAUGAAUGCAUUACUUGGCAAUUUACCUCAACACAACACAACAGUCACUAAUUGUAUACAAAGUCCGUCAACUUCUUUACAAUCAAAUUUGAAUUGUAUAGCUAGACCUUCUACAUCUUAUAUGCCAGUACCUUCCAUGCCAAGAACUAUACCUUUUAUGAUGCAUCAAACUAGAAUUGGCCACUCUCAAUCUCUUUCAAUGGUUCCAAAAACUUUAGUGCAAAAUUAUGGAGCAAUGACAACUUCUGACAAUGAUGUGCAAAAAAAGGCAACCGAGUAUGUCAAAAGCAAUCAGAAUGAUGAUGAACUUGGUUACAAUCAAUUUAUGUCAUUUAUGAAAAGAAUUAGUUCUGGUGAAAUGAAAUUUGGUGAAGAUAUUGAUAGAAACCAGGCAAAACUGUCUAAAGAUGAAAUUAUUGAUGAAAUGGCAGAAAAAUAUAAAGAUGAAUGGGAUAAACUCAGUGAUGUCACUGAUUAUUGGAAUUCAGAGGUUGCCCAUGGUAUUCCUAAUGAAUAUAAUUUCACUGAGGGAAAUGUCAUGUUAGAAAAUAAAAGUGCAUUGGAAAUUGGAAAAGAAAAAUUGAAAUUAGGAGAUAUUCCAGGAGCUGUUCUUUGUUUUGAAGCAGCUUGUCAACAACAACCAGCCUCUGCAGAAGCUUGGUUUCUACUUGGAACAACUCAAGCUGAGAAUGAACAAGAUCCAUUGGCAAUAACUGCUCUUAAGAAAUCACUAGAAAUUGAUCCAAGACAGCUAGAAGCAUAUAUAACACUUGCAGCAGCUUAUACCAACGAAAAUAUGCCUAAAUAUGCCUUUGUUUCAUUAUUGGAUUGGUUAAAAGCAAGUCCUAAAUACAGUGAUCUGUUCCCUCAUGAUAUUGAUCCAAAGAAGUUAGACUUAAAAGAAUUAGAAGCUCAUGUUGUAUCUUUGUAUCUAAAAGUAGCACAGUUGAAUCCUAACCAAAUUGAUGCUGAUGUACAAAAUGCCUUAGGUGUUGUUUUUAACAUAAAACAAGAAUAUGACAAAGCAGUUGACUGUUUUAAAACUGCAUUAAUGGUAGCAAGUGAUAAUGCCAAGUUAUGGAACAGGCUUGGAGCCACAUUGGCUAACAGUGACCGCUCUGAAGAAGCAGUUGAGGCUUAUCAUGAAGCAUUGAAUUUAGAACCAGGAUUUAUCAGAGCAAGGUAUAAUGUUGGAAUCACUUGUAUGAAUUUAGGAGCACACAGGCAAGCAGCUGAACAUUUCUUAGUGGCAUUGAAUCAACAGUUCAAAGCCAAAACUUUGUAUCCAAAUGCACUAAAUACUGAUACAAGUUCAUCAACAAUCUGGACAACAUUACGAAUGGUUUGCUCAUUUAUGGGCGAACAUGAAGCUGCAAAAUUAGUGGAUGACAAGAAUCUUAAUGCAUUAAAUAAUUUCUUCAGUAUAGAAUAAAAUUUAUCUACAAGCCAUUAAUUACCCAUUAUAUUUUUAUUCCAUCAAGAAUCCACUCGUUGGUAUUUGGACCCAUCAAAGUUGAAUGCACAACAUGGCAAUAGGAAAAAGUUGCAUUUGUAAGAACUCUUAGCUGCUAUGACAGGAAUCCAAGGUGUCAAUUCAUCAGAAUGGUUACCAAUAAUCCAAUCAGCAUUUGGAAACAGAUUGCUUUCUGAGGCUUGCACUGUUUGUGCAUUUAGCCACAUACAAGGGUAAAGGUAGGGAAACAGGAGAAAAAGGAAAAAACGGAUAAUUAAAAAGAAUGGAUCAGGUAGGUAUUUAUAUACAUAAUUACAAUUUGAUAUUAUGUUUCAGGAUAAAAUUUGAAAUACAUAAAUAAAUAUCAUAGUUCAUAGUACACAGCAAAGUAUUAAUAGAAGUCGGGAGUGGAAUACCAAGGGAUGUUAAUAAAUCAAUAAAUGAGGAACAGUCAUUUAAGGAGCACGCGAAAAAAAUAUGAUUUAAAUUGCCAACAUCAGCGCCGCAAUCACACAUAUUGUUAUUGACUAUACCCAAUCUAGUCAAAUGAGAUGGAGUGCAAGCAUGACCCAGUCUCAUCCGGAUUAUGAUAGUAGUCGUGAUCUUACUAAAUCUAAAAUUGUAAAACCAAGGCUUGGUAGGAAUGACAGAUUGUAUUUGGGCAUAAUUCUUUCCUUUAUAUUGACUAGAAAUAGCCCAUGUUUGUCCCCAAGAUUCGCGCAGGUCUGAAUUCGGAAGACACAAAAGAUCAUUUAUGAAGAUUUUGUAUGGAUAAAUAUCUCCACAAUCCACAGCAUCAUUGGCAAGUUUAUCAGCAAAUUCAUUGCCAGAAAUACCCACGUGCCUAGGAAUCCAGGCAAAAAUGACAUCGAAACCUUUUAAAUUACAUUCCCACAGUAAUUUUCUACAAUCUACAAUAACAGGGUAAUUGGCGCAAGAUUUGAAAGGAAAUUUCUGGAGUGCCUGAAGCGCACUUUUGGAAUCAGAAAAAAUAACAGAUUUAUGUAAUUUCAUCAAAUUAACAUAUUCUAUAGCUUUAAAUAAUCCGUAGCAUUCCCCAGUAAAAACAGAGCUUUCUGGUGGAAGUUUAAUUUUUUGGACAAUUUUUGAUUGUUGAUGAUAAACUCCAACACCAACGAGACCAGAGGAAGAAUUUUUAGAUGCAUCGCUAUAAAUGUAAUGUCGAUCUGACCACUCUCUAUCUAAGAUGAUAUUAAAAUCGAUAUUGGCAGAAAAAAUGGUUCGAGAUAUAUCUAAGGUAAAAUGAAUUUUAGGAACAAGAGUUAAUGCUUAAUAUUCAGCAGAAAAAAUAGAGAGACGAUGAGACAUGUGAGUGGGGGCAAGCAAAGAGGAAAAUUUACGAAAACUCACGACUAAACAAGGUAGAGACUUGUGCCUCCAGUAGGGGGAAGAUGAAACUAAAUGUGAUAAAGUAGAUAAUUUGGUAUGAAGGGGAUGCUUGGUAAAUUGUAGAGCACGGAACAGAAACUUGUCACAAAGAUAUUGACGACGGAGUCGCAGAGGAGGGUCAACACACUCAACUUGUAAAGCAUUGAUAGGACUAGAUUUCAUUGCACCGGUUAUUAAACGGAGAGCUUUUGAUUGUAUGCCAUCAAGCUUAUUUAGUCCGACUGCAUUACAUGGUUCAAGAAAAUGGAAUAAGUUCAUUAUCAAAAUAUACGGAAACAGGAGGAGGAAGCCGCAUUCUAGAAAAUAACACAAUGCAACUUUUUGAAACAGAAAGAUUAAGAGCGUUGGAGUCAAGCCAAAAUUUAAGUUUGGACAAUGCUCGACUUAAAAAGUCACUUAAUUCUAAAACAGAUCGCCCUGAAACGUAUAAAACUAGAUCAUCUGCAUAUUGUAAUAUAGACACGUUAUUAGAAUCACCAUUAGGUAUUUGAAUUGCUUUAUCUAGGUCAUGUGUGUAAAUGUUAUACAAAGUAGGGCUAAUAACACAUCCCUGGGGUAAGCCCUUCCAUAAAGUUCUAGAUUUAUGGUUUGAAUCGCCCGUAUCCAUAGUUAUUACUCUACCAGACAAGUAAUUAAUAAUAAAAUUAGUAAUCAAAAAGGGAACAUUGAGCUUAAGGAGUUUUAGCUUUAAUAUGUGAAGAUCGACGUUAUCGUAAGCAGCAUGUAUAUCUAAAAAUGCUGCAAGUGUUGAUUCAUUAUUACUAAAGGAUAAUCUAAUAUCAGUUGUAAAUAUUCCAAGACUAUCCAUAGUGCUCCGACCUUUCCUAAAGCCGUAUUGGUUCGGAGCAAGAAUAUCAUUAGAUUCAAGAAACCAUUCUAACCGAUUUUUUAUUAGAUGUUCUGUUAAUUUUGCGAGAACAGAUGCGAGGGCUAUUGGUCUAUACGAGUUCGCAUCAGAAGGAGGCUUAUUCGGUUUUAAAAUAGAGAUUACUUCUUGUAAUUUCCACGAAGUGGGGAUAUUGCCAGAAAUCAUAAUGGAAUUUAUCAAACUUAAAAAGUAAAGAAGGCUAGAAUCACUUAAGUGUGAGAAAAACGAAUAGGGUAUACCAUCAGUGCCAGGGGCAGAAUCUUUAACGUAUGCUAAAACUCCUUUCAGCUCUGAAAGGCUAAAAGGAGAAUCAAGACUAGUUAAGCUGUUGGUAUUAAUUACUGGGGAAAGAGUAUGAGAGAUAAAGAAAUUCGGUACUAGCGGAGGGGCAAUAUUAUCUAAGAAGUUGUCUGCUAUAUCAUUAGGAAGAAAAGUUGCACCAGGUUCCUUAAAAGCUGAUCGAAACCGGCGAAUAUUUUGCCAAACUACAGAGGGUGAUACGUCAGGAGAUAGAGACGCACAAAAGGUCUUCCACCCUUCCCAUUUCUUUACUUUAAGAAGCUUUUUUGUUUCAGUCAUUACACGAGAUAAUAAAUCAAAGUUUUCAGAAGUAGAAUAUUCUUUAUAUAUUUUUUCUGUUAGCUUUCUUUUUUUAAUAGCUAAUGAACACUCAUUAUCCCACCAAGGCGGAGAUGGUAUCAUUUUAUUAUGAUUGUGUUUUUUUACUGGGAACACCUUUUCUGCGGCUUGUAUCAAUGACAAAGCAAAUGCUUCUGCGCAAACUUCAUGGUUGUUUUUCGUGAUUAUCGGGAGGUUAGGAAUAACCUUUUCAACUUCUUCUUUAAACGAAAACCAAUUAGCAUUUUCAAGUUUAAAUUUCAUUCUCGGGGAGCGACAUUUAGUACGGGACGAUGUUGCUAUAGGAAAAUUUAUCACUAUUGGAAAAUGAUCGCUACCAUAACUAGAAGAUAAAGUAUUCCAGGAAACGAUAGAAGCUAGAUUAGGAGUACAGAUUGAAAGAUCAGGGGCACUGAUUUCUUCAUGGGGUUGUGUGCGACGAGUUGCCUUACCAGUAUUUAAAAUACACCAUUUAUUCUUAUCGACCAUAUCCAACAGUCGAGAGCCAUAAUGAUUACUAAUGGAGCUGCCCCAUGCUACAUGUUGAGCAUUGAAAUCUCCCAUGAUUAAGAUCGGAUUGGGAAAUAUAGAAAAAAUUGAUUCUAUUUCAUUAUACACACUAGAAGUGGGGUGUGGAAUAUAUAGGGAAACGUAACAUAUGUUGUUAAUGGUAAUGGCAAUAAUAGAAAAAUCAGAACUAUGAUUUGGAAUAGUAAACUGAGAAAAACUAAUAUUAUUUUUAAUGAGAAGUGCUACACCUCCAUAUCCAUCUGAUCUAUCUUCACGAAUACAAGAGUAUUUGGGAAUUCUAAAAUUAAAACCUGGACGUAGCCAAGUUUCUUGUAAAGAAAUUAAAAAAGUUACAGAUUUAUCUGUAAGAAGAGUGGCAGUGUUGGACGGUAAAGAAUGUUCAGAAAUUACUUGUGAAGAUUGAAGAAGAAAAUUCAUAAGAGUGAGAAUUAAAUCACGAGUUGACAAGUUUUGAAGUGAGUGGUGAUCAUAUCCUGUUCCUGGACUAUAGUGGAAUAUCAUAUUCAUUGGUUAAUUUUGCAUGAGCUAUUUUGUCAAAACCUUUACUAAGCUGCACUGGUGUUUUAGGUUUGAGAAAAACUGUUUUUUUGUAAGAUUUAUUGACAUUUUCAGACUUUGGAUUUGAAACUUUAAUAUGUGAUAUAGGAGGAGAUAUUGGAGUGGACAGAACAUCUGAAUAUGAUCUACCAACAGGAGGAUGUAAUUUCAGGGCUUCUGCAUAUGAUAGACAACUUUUGGCCAUAGAUUCUUUGAUGGAUUUUUGUCUAAAAAAUUCAGGGCAUUUGCGGCUAGUGGCGAAAUGUGAUCCAGAACAAAGGCAACAUAUGACAUUUUCCUCUUCAAUAUUACAACUGUCCCCUGAGUGGCCAUUACCACAUUUAAAACAACGGGGAGAAGACCUACAUUGUGAUUUAAUGUGACCAUAUCGACAGCAUUGAAAACACUGAAUAGUUGGGUAUAUGUACAGAUCAACAGGUAAAGAAUUAUAACAUAAAUAUACACGUUUUGGUAAGACUUGGCCAUCGAAGAUGAGCACUACUGUUUCAAUUGGAAUAAAAUUAGUGUUACCAUUAUUAA